CUCCAGCUGUCAACCGGGUCGAGAGAAUCCGGGCACAAAACUCAACUGCAGCUCGCCUGCAGGAACCGCCCACUUCCCCCAACCAGAAAAGCAGAAACCAGCAAGAUGGCCGGUCGGCCAGUCAGAUGGAUACUGCACAGGCCAAUCUUCCACCCGAUGACGUUCCACGGAUCGGCCCCCCGUUUGGCCGCGGUGAAGGAUGCAGGGGAGAGAGGGACUGGUUGUGGUUCAGGUACCCAGACCCGACAGAUCCCUUCGAAGAGACCUAUCAAAGACCCCCAAAGGAUGAAAAUCGCCAAGAUGAAACAGUUUGUUCCUCGAGAAGUCUCCGACAGUUGUUCAUUUUGGUUCAUUUUUGCUUUUCUUUUUUUUUUUUAUUUGUUAUUGUUCUUUGACUGGGUCCGGUUCCUGGGCGUUUCGCCUGAUGGAAGGAAGGAAGAAGGAAGAAAGUCCGCAAAGAAGCCCAGCCCAGCCCUAAUUGUUGGUUUUCCCCUCUGCUUGACCAGGGUAUAUAUCCUCCACCCUUUCCCUCGUUUCUUCUCUCUCUUUUUUGUUGGUUCUUUUCAGUAUACUGAUCACUCCUCAGUACCCAGUCAUUCCUUUGUCAUUUGACACCUGCUGAACCAUUACCUGUGCCGUGCACGGUUCUGUUCAUCCAUUCCUUAUCCCCAGCGCUACUUGAGUCCCAAGUAGCUACACGACUCCUUGUCUAAGAACUCGAGAACCGGUCUUCUCAGUCUACAACCAGAAAAUACCACGCAAAAUGGUCUCCUUCACCACAGCCCUCCUCGUGGCCAGCAGC